CAGAGGCAGAAACAGAGGGGAGGGCUGAGAGAGAAACGUAUUUUCCCGUUGCCUUUUAGUUUUUCCUUAUUCAGUCCUGCUCCGAUCAACAGGGGGAAGAGAAAGGGGGGGCAGAGAAUAGGCGGGGUUUUCAAUGGAGCUGAGAGAGAGCAGUCGACCACUCAAUCUGUAGAAAUAUGAUGGAAGCCAGCGUUGUUUCCCAGGACACAGGCCACACAAGCCCUCUGACAGGAUCACUUGACACUCCAUCCGCCCCUUCUCCAGCCGCCAUCCCUCCGUCUUUUUCGCUUUCUCCACCCUCCCUGCCCUCCUCCAACCCUCCGGUCCGGCCGUGUCGACCCAAACCGCCCCCUCCCGCGGUGAAGUCCCCCCCGCUCCCCUCUUGUCCUCCUCUACCUGAGUCCACUCCUUCACCUCUUCCUGUCCCUCUCCCUCCAGUCUCCAAACCUCCUCAUCCUCUCCCUCCGGUCUCCAAACCUCCCCCCCUCUCCUCCAAUCCUCCUCCUCCCUCCGUCCCUCCGCCUCUCUCCGUCAACCCUCCUCCCCCAUCUCUUCCCCCUCCUCUCUCCCCUACUCCGGUCUCUCCUUCUCCCAUGCCUUCUCUCCAGCCAAAUGUCUCCUCUGAUCCCUCCCCCUCUUUCACUCUUACUCCUCCUCUUCCUCCUUCAUCAGCUGGUUUGGAGCGUCUCGGUAUGGCAGCCCAAAGGACUCAGCCAAGACCAAAGCACUAG